AUGUACGCCACCGGCAAUGACGGAGCUGUAGCCCAUUGGCGAGACAUUGCCGCCAGCGUGCUGCAAAGCUAUGGGAUGCAGGACAGCGUCAGCCAGUUUGUACCAAAGCACCCAGGUCUGCAGUUGAUCACCACUGUGACCGCCGAGUAGUUACAAGCUAUAAACGAAAUGGCGGCAUGCGGGGAUAGAAUUUGUUGGACUUGCAAGUAUUUGUGGUUGAUACGUAUACAUAAAUAGGUUGAUAGGUCAGUAUGAACUAGAGAUGGUUGCGAGGCGAGCUCGAUAAGAGGGUGUUGUAGAAAUCAUGUUAGCACGGCACUGGUCAUCUUGAAAAACGGAGUCUGUGGAAGAUGGGAUCUGGCUAGGUUUUGUGUCCGCCGCGUUGCCGGAGGAAUCGGGAGAGCACACUGUUAAGAGCAGCUGGCAGGUGCGUGCGGGUUCUGGAUUUAAUUAGCAGUCAUUGUCUAGAGGAGCUCGAAGUGAAGGUACGCGGUGGUGACGGCGAAGACGACCUCUUUAAGAUGGAAGGCUGCAUCGGGGAGAAUAAAGUUCACCAACCGAACCACCUGUGGCAACCGGAUAUUUGCAGAAAGAUAUAAGAAGGCAGAGAAUAUAAGGAAUACGGGGAGAUAGACAUGAAGAAAAUGGUGGGGGACUUUUAAACCGAAUAUGUAAGUCAAAGCACCCCCUGUCCGCGCACCCCCCCUUUCCGCGCACCUUUUCCCACAUAAACUCACUGUUUUCAUAAAGCAUUUAAAAAUUGUAUAUAAAUGCU